UCUAUUAUGGGAGUCAAGUUUUGUAGGGAGAGGCAAGUUAUGGACAACAGCCCAGAAAAACUGAAGAAGGAGUUAGAGGAAGAACUGCAGCUCAGUAGUGAAGACUUGCGUAGCCAUGCCUGGUACCAUGGACGUAUUCCUCGGCAGGUGGCAGAAGGCCUAGUUCAGAGAGAUGGAGAUUUUCUGAUUAGGGAUUCUCUCUCCAGUCCUGGGAACUUUGUACUUACCUGCCAGUGGAAAAAUAUCUCUCAGCAUUUUAAAAUCAACAGAACAGUUCUAAGACUCAAUGAAGCCUACUGCCGUGUUCAGUAUCAGUUUGAACUUGAAAGUUUUGACAGUAUCCCUGGCUUAGUUAGAUACUAUGUUGGGAAUCGCACACCAAUAUCAAAGCAGAGUGGAGCAAUUAUUUUCCAGCCUGUCAACAGGACUGUGCCUCUCAGAUGUCUAGAGGAAAAGUACGGUGUAACUCCAGUCCGACAAAAAGAGACAACUAUCCCUGAAGGAAAACCAGAAACUGCAAAAAGGCUGAGUCUUGGUAUAUCCAGCAUGCAAUCCUCAGAGAAGAGCAUACCCAAAGGAAAUCUUUUGAGAAACAAAGAGAAAAGUGGUAGCCAGCCAGCUAGUUUGGAUCAUGUUCUGGAGAAAAGAUUUCCUUUAAAGGCUCACCAGUCAGAGAGUUAUCUGCUAAUAGGUUCAAGAAAUCCAUCUCGAUUACCUGCAGCACAUGCAGACUCCUGUCCAAGCUCUCCUGCAUUCAGAACAGGCAGUGAACCUUCUCUAAGCCCCACGGUUGUUCAGAAAGUCACCUCUGAGUCACUCGUAGGGGAAGCUCUUAGAGGAUCAGACAGUCAGCUCUGUCCAAAGCCUCCACCUAAACCCAGCAAAGCACCCCUGAUGAAGCCCCCAGAUUCUCCUUUGGCUUCACACAGUUCUGAAGGACACUAUUGUGAACUAAGCCCUGCCAGUGAUCCUGCAGCAACAAAACAACUUGUAUUUCAGAAAAACAGCUACAUGGAACUGCUGACACGAAAGGAGAGGGGAACCUACUCAUUCAGGAACUCUGAAACAAACUAUUUGAUCCUGGAAGAUGAUUCUACAGUGAAUUCUGCAGAUCUUUUAGAAGCUUCAAAUGAGAUGACUCAAGAAGACAGCAUCUUUUCUGCCCCUGUUUUUGAGACAGUGUCUAGUUUUAAACCGAAUGAUUUUGAAUCCAAGCUACUUCCUCCCGAAAACAAGCCAUUAGAAACAUCAAUGUUAAGAAGAGUUAAGGAGCUUUUCACCAACAACAAUCCAAAGAUUAUUGCACAGCACAUUCUUAGAAUGGACUGCAAGGUGGCAAGGAUACUAGAAGUUUCUGAAGAGAUGAGGAAGAUUAUGGGAGUGAACUCUGGUCUUGAACUGAUUACCCUGCCUUAUGGACACCAACUGCGCCUUGACCUAAUUGAAAGGCACAAUACCAUGGCAAUAGGAAUAGCUGUGGAUAUCUUGGGCUGCACAGGAAGUCUAGAAGACAGAGCAGCAACAUUAAACAGAAUCAUCCAAGUUGCAGUAGAGCUGAAGGAGUCACUGGGGGAUUUGUAUGCAUUUUCCGCCAUCAUGAAAGCACUGGAAAUGCCACAGGUCUCUAGGUUAGAACAAACCUGGACUUCUCUAAGACAUCAUUAUACCCAGACUGCCAUUCUGUAUGAAAAACAGCUGAAGCCGUUUAGCAAGGCUUUGCAUGAAGGACAAGAUGAGUGGAAUAGUGAGUAUGAGUGACACUGCGCUCCACAGAACAAUGUAACAGUGCCACUGCUGAUGCCUCUCAUUACCUUGAUGGAGCGACAAGCUGUUGUUUUUGAAGGCAUGGACCUGUGGGAAAGUAGUGACCAAAGCUGUGAAAUAAUGCUCAAGCACUUGUCCACAGCUCGUCAGAUAGCACAGAACGCAGAAGUGUACAGCCUGAAUGCAGAACGGGUGCUGGAAGGUUUCCAGCCAGAUGAAGAGAUGAGUGAAAUCUUCAAGACAGAAUUUCAAAUGAGAUUGCUCUGGGGCAGCAAAGGAGCAGAAGUUAAACAAAACGAAAGAUAUGACAAAUUCAGCCAGAUUUUAACUGCACUUUCCCGAAAACUGGAACCUCCCCCAGUGAAGCAGGUGGAACAAUUAAGUAUAUAAGACUGUAAACACUAUUUAAAUUAUAUACUCGAAAUAACCUUAGCUUUCUUUUGGCAGUUUGGUAGUGCACAAACUUCUUGCAUUUCACAAGGAGUUUAGAAUUUCUAACUGCACAAUGCACACUUGUUUUAAAACUACUGAUUUCUAAACAAGUUAUUUAUUUACUGUGUCACCAAGUCACUUAAUGGUCCCUUU